UCCAUCGAUCCAAGGGGAUGACAGGGCAUCCUUGAUGAGGUUAUGUGUUUUGCGUGUGUGGAUUUCAGUAGCUUAACACACGACGUGAGAGACAUAUGAGAGGGGAGGGGGGCAGCGGCAUAAAGUAUGCUAUUCAUCGCAGAAUGCAGUCACUUUCCUAUGGCGGACCGCAGAGAAGCCAACAUUUCGCGCCCACUUACUCUCCUUGAAGGACGAUUUUGUAUUAUUCCCGAUUUGGUAUGCAGCGACGCGUUAGAGACAGGGCACAGUUUCCCCGUGAAAAAGCCGGGAGAGGACAGCCUCUGUGCAAGAGUGAGACUCAGCUCCGGUCGACUAUUAGUUUCCUCACCGAUCUGCAGAUAAAACGCUAUUGCGAUUACAGCAAAUCACGGGUGCUCAGUCUGCGGAAAAGCGAAGUUAGGAUCGGAAGGAUCAACUUGACAUUUACUGGCAACCUUGAUACUUCUUUCGGUAAACGUCAAUUAAUUUAAGUGGGUAACUCCGAAUUCAGAUGGAUUAUUGUUCCAGAAUUACAUGUGCGCUCAUGUAGAUAAAACGCAACGGAUUGGAAUGAAUCCCUUUUUGUUUAGUCCACCCAACCGAAUAAGGGUGCAGGUGCUGGACUGAGAAACGCGGUAGGCUAUGUUGUCAAACGUCUUCUGUUCUCUUUGCAAUGUGUUCGGGAGUCAUGCUGAUGGAUCCAGUCAGAGUUGCUGUUAACAGGGUGCUGUGAAGUGGCUCUUAGCCGUAGCUUCAUCAGGUCUCGGCGGAAGGAUGCUGUGGGUAACCCUGCUAAGCACAAUAGCUUUAGGAUGGACUACGCCGAUCCCAAUGCUGGACGACUCAGAGGAGAUAGACGAGCCUUGCUUUGACCCCUGCUACUGUGAAGUGAAGGAGGGCAUUUUCCACGUUCACUGCGACAGCAAAGGAUUUACAAAUGUCAGUCAAAUAUCCCAAACAUGGACGAGGCCCUUCAAGCUCAACCUACAAAGAAACUCGAUGCGCAAGUUGUACUUCAACAGCUUCCUGCAUCUAAACAAUGCCAUAUCACUCAACCUGGGGAACAACGCGUUACAGGACAUUCAUGUUGGUGCGUUCAAUGGUCUGAGCAUUUUGAAAAAGCUUUUCCUGCACGAAAAUAAACUGGAGGUGUUCAGAAACGACACUUUCUUGGGCCUGGAAAGCCUAGAGUACCUCCAGGCUGAUUAUAACGUAAUUAAAAGAAUAGAGAGCGGGGCAUUUAGACACCUGCACAAACUCAAAGUACUGAUUUUGAAUGACAAUUUGAUACCCGUUCUACCCAAUCUGUUAUUCAGGUCUGCCUCUCUCACGCACCUUGAUCUACGUGGUAACCGGUUAAAGAUUCUGCCUUACAAAGGCACACUGGAGUUCAUUGGCCGCACUCUCAUGGAGAUUCAAUUAGAAGAGAAUCCGUGGAACUGCGUGUGUGAGAUUGUGCAGCUUAAAACGUGGCUUGAACGCAUUCCUUACACAGCUUUGGUUGGUGACAUUACGUGCGAGCACCCCUUUCACUUCCAUGGCAAGGACCUACGUGAGAUUAAACGGAGCGAGCUGUGUCCUUUGCUCUCGGAGGCAGAAGUGGAGGCUAAGCUUGGCAUCCCCAAAAUACCGUUCAGCAACGAGAAUACGUGGCCCACAAAGCCCUCAUCAAUGCUGUCUUCAUUUCACAACACUGCUUCGUCGGUGGAGUACAAAGACAGACCUAAGCCAACCAAAAGGCCCAGACCCACUAAAACUCCACCGACGCCACGCAGUAUUUACCCCGGGCCGAACCAGCCACCCAUUGCUGGUUAUCAAACUAGACCGCCCAUUCCUAUCAUCUGCCCAGCGGGAUGUAUCUGCAAUUUACACAUCAAUGAUUUAGGGCUCACCGUAAAUUGUAAAGAGAAAGGCUUUCAUAACAUAUCUGAACUGUUGCCGCGUCCACUAAAUGCCAAGAAGUUAUACCUGAGUGGAAACUUAAUACAAAAAAUUUACAGAUCGGACUUCUGGAAUUUUUCCAGUUUGGAUUUACUACACUUGGGCAACAAUCGGAUAUCAUACGUUCAAGAGGGUGCAUUCAUUAACCUGCCUAACUUGAAAAGCCUAUAUUUAAAUGGCAACGACAUCGAGAGACUCACUCCAGGCAUGUUUCGUGGACUUCAGACUCUGAGUUACUUGUACUUUGAAUACAACGUUAUACGAGAGAUUCAGCCUGCCGCGUUCAGCCUGAUGCCGAAUCUGCAGCUGGUCUUUCUGAAUGACAACCUGCUGCGCACUCUGCCCGUUGAUGCUUUCGCUGGCACCUCGCUGGCCAGGCUCAACCUGCGCAACAACUACUUCCUCCACCUGCAAGUCAGCGGGGUCCUGGAGCACCUGCACUCUAUUGUCCAGAUUGACCUCCACCAGAACCCAUGGGACUGCUCGUGUGACAUCAUCCCGCUCAAACAGUGGAUGGAGAAGCUCAGCACCGUUAUUGUCGUCGGGGAGGUGAUCUGCAAGACGCCCGACUUCGCUUUCGGCAAGGAUCUGCGCUCCCUUGACGCCGAGGUCAUCUGCCCCGAUCUGAAGUUCACGGCUCCCUCCGCCGCUUCGCCCGACGACAUGACAUCCACCAGCACUUUCGGAUUAGGGUACGCCUCAGCGACUGGCGCUGUCCCUCUCUCGGUGCUGAUUCUGAGUCUGUUGAUACUGUUUAUCUCCGCCGUGUUUGUGGCUGCUGGUCUGUUCGCCUUCGUCCUAAGAAGACGAAAGAAACUGCCCUUCAGAAAGCGACAGGAGGUGGACCUGACUGGCAUCCAGAUGCAGUGCAGGAUAUUCGAAGAGCGGCAGACCGCCUCGCCAGAGAAACCGCCCGGCCACGUCUACGACUACAUCCCCCACCCAGUCACACAGAUGUGCAACAACCCCAUAUACAAACCACGAGAGGGAGAAGGUGAAGAACAGUUCGCCGAAACCAAGGAAAACAACAGCAAUUAUCGAACUCUACUGGAGAAAGAGAAAGAAUGGACAAUGGCUGUGUCCAAUUCUCAACUCAACACCAUUGUCACCGUCAAUCAGGCGGGGGACAUAGCGAGCUUUCACGAAAACGGGGUUCUUUGCCCCACAGUCAUAGACAGCCAGAGACCUACCCCCACGGUGGGGUUUGUUGACUGCCUAUAUGGCACAGUUCCUAAAUUAAAGGACAUGCACGUUGCACAUGCACACCCCCCAGGAAUGCAAUAUCCCGAUUUACAGCAAGACGCCAGAUUAAAAGAAACAUUUCUUUUCACCGCGGGUAAAGGAUUUCCCGAGCAGACCCAAAGCGAAUACCUCGAGUUAAGGGCCAAACUCCAAACCAAGCCGGAUUACCUCGAAGUGUUGGAGAAAUCAUACCGGUUCUAAC